CUACAGCUCUAGAUUCCACUAAAAAUUUGAGUGUUUGUUGUUCUUCGGAACUUCAAUUUGUAGAAAAUGGAGGCAAUUUUGUAGAUUACGAAAUACUUUAAAAUUGUGUGGAUGGUUUAGUAAGUUUGGACGUUAUGCCAUCUCGGUGCCUCACAGGCGUGUGCAACCGGAAAUCGCCCCAGAGAAGUCUAGGGCGAGUGAGUGCAGUGUACCGAACAGUAACCGCUGCCGCACAUCGAUUUGUCACCAGAGCAUCAGUUGAGUUAUGCUCACGGGUUUUUCUACAUAAUAAUACUGUUACAGUUUAAAGUAGUUAAUUACUUGACAAUCUGUUCAUUCAAGUAAUUUUAAUUUAUAGCUACGGCCUGAACUAAAGCGACUAGGCUGGAAACAUGUUUUGGGUGAUUUGUUUUACAUAAGGCACGUUUUGCGGGUACCAGGCCAGAGUAUCGAAUAAGUAUCGUUACUAUACUCACGAGUAGUAUCGGAAUAAAAGUAUCGUAAUCAUGAAAAAUAUUGAAAGUAUUGAUACCUAAACAUAUCGAUACUUUUCUAUAGCAUUGUUUAAAAAUUACUAAAAUAAACAUUAGAUUUAUGAAAUAUUUAUUUUAACUAUCUGUAAAUAAAUCUUAGCUAAUACUGUAAUUUUUAAAGUGAAUGGUUUUAUAAUCUAGGGUCUAGCAAUUAUCUACAAAUAUUGUCUAUAUCAUUUAAAAAAAAUUAAUUAAAACACAUUAAAUUGAUCAAAGAAAAGUUUUAUUUCAAUUAUCUACAUAUCUGUCGUAUCACAGGCUCGGUCAUCUUGAAAGUUAAUGUUUUUGAUUCUAGGGUCAAACAAUUAUCAACAAAUGUUGAGUUAGCACAAACUUUGACAUCUUGUGUAAGGCAAUGUUUUUGAAUCUUGGGUCUAGAGAGCAGGACAUUGCAAUCAAAUGAUUAUUUAAAACUGAAUUCACAUCUACGUUGCACAUUUUAUUAAUUCCUUUUUUACAUUUCUCACUCUUUGUCUGUACAGUCACUCAUAAUCUAAUUUAUCCAGACGUUUCAAUGAUAAGUCUGUUUCGUGUCUUUGACAAUGUAUUGCCUGCCUUCGAAAAUAAAGGUUUGGAGGGGACUGAUGCCUCUGAAACUGAUGGAUAUUCACUGGCUAGCUUAUUUAACUGAAGAAAUACAGAUUUCACAUCUUCCUAUUGGUAAAAAAGGAUCAGUCGACAGUGGUGUUGUCAUUGUGCUGCGAGACUUCCAGUCAGUUAUACAGCUACCAUUUCUGUCUACACUGGUGAAACACACCCGUUUUAAGGAAUUUUCAACCAAUCUUCUGCUGAGCCAAGCUGAGUUACAGUUAUCAAUAGUUUUGCUGGCUCGUAGUUCUAGACUUUUGUUCACAGCGAGAGUUGGCGUUUAUCCUGAACCGGCUGGGGACAAGACCAGAGGUCCUAGAACAGAGUUUUCCAAUUGCCCUCCCCUGAACUUAGUCGAGUAUAUUUUAUCUAAUUAUCGUGUGUAGAAUCAUCUUCUCUAGAAUAAACAUAACAUUAUCUUCAAUCAGUUUCAAUGGGUCGUCGUACACUAAAGAAUAUGGUAUAAAUAUUUUUCAGAGCUAGCAGAUAUUUUCUUUUAAAUGAUAUGGUUUCAUGUAAGUACCUUAACUUUAAAUGUUAGCGAUGUGAAAUGAUGUCCGAUACUCACAAAUUCAUAUGAUCCAUAUCAAAAUAUAGAAGAAUAGUUGAAAAAAGAAUAAUUUGACUUUUUUUUAUAUUCAAUAAUUCCGUGGAUGUGUUACAUCAGACCCAUAUUUAUAAUAAGACUAUUAAUGAGAAUAAGUGUUAAUUAAAACAAGAUAUAUAUACACACACACAUACAUAUUUAUAUACAUUUAUACAUCUAUAGAUUUACACACACGAGAAAACACAACACAGAAGUAACCUGGGUUGUUACAAUGCAGUUGUUUGUAAUUGCUCAUAUAAAUGUGGUAGCCAGCCUCGUUGCAUCAAUGCCAGCAGAUAUUACGUACGUUAUCAGUUUGCAGUACCUACGUCUGGUAAUGAGGGGGAAGAUAUGGACGGGCCAACAGCUUGCAGUCAUCAUGCAGCCUUGCAUGCUUCAACCACGUAUUAAAAAAAUGUAGACUACUAAAUCAAGUCUAUGCAGAAUGAUGGCUGCUGAAUUCUCUUUGCAGAUAAAUAGAGACAGUGUAACUUGUGAUCGCCUCCACUGGAGGCUGACGGGAGGAGGUUCAGAUAUUAGAAUCCAGCCAGUUCUAAUUCUCAUUGUUUUACUAUAUUCUGAAAACAUGUGGCCGGGAAUCACAGUACUGCAAUAAAACUCCAGUCGGGGAAAUUAAAAAUAAUAUAUUUUCACUCCUCGUCCAUCCAACUCCCAUACAGAAAACUUGUCCCAAAUCUCAUGUUGUGGUAUGUAGGUACUUCUUAAUUCUGAUUUCACUUCCAUUAGAAUUCAGUCCUUGCUAUAUAAAUAUUUCAGGACAUUGAAGUCAACAUUCCUGGGGAAAAAAAACCAGUAUUAAAAACAUACUUUGGCAAGCAGAACACAUUAAAACAAAGCUCUUAAUAUUUUAAUGUAAACUAGAAAAUACAAAAAAUUUUAUCACUUUUAAUUUAUAUAUUUUCUUGGAACAUUUAUAUAACAUCAUUAUGAUGUCUGUUCCUGGUAGCAAAAGCAAAUAAUGCUGACUCAUAUGGCAGUUAGGGUGCUUGGUGGGAGAGAUUGGUAAUGUACUAAAGUGCCAUGCUCAUUAUGGGCAUAUGCAUAGCUGGGAACUAGGGUGCACAAAGGUGUGUAUAAAGGAUGGCAAGAUCACGGGUGGAAGCUCCAAAGGGAAUGGAGGCGAACUGAAAGGGCGAGGCACACUUUCCUUGUGAGGACAGGGAGGGAGUGGAUUGGGCUGGGAUAGGAAUGCUGGGGGAGAUAGAUACAGGGACCUGAGGAGAUGACAAAGAAGGGAAGGGGGGAGCCACCACGUGAAAGCUCGAUUGCGAGUGUAACAAAUCAUAUCAUGUGAGGAGGGUUCUGGGCUCAAUCCCAAAAACCCGGUAUGACUUAAAUUUAUGUGCACUGAGUUGUUACCCCAGUGACUCAAAGUCCAGAAUCUUGGAAGUCCUGUCACCUCAUGUUACUGGGCAUGAUCAUCCGAUGUAACACCCUAUGAAAAAAUAUCCUAAUGCAAUCGCAGAUUCAUAAAAGAUAGAAGUUUAUAAGAGCACAUACAUUCAGUAACUGUUAAUUUUUGUCAUCAACUGUGCUCAUAAUGAGCUUCUAUAGUAAAUAAAGUAAUUUGCAGAAAAAAAAAGUAAUAAAUGCAAGGAUAGAAUCACUUAAAGUAUAUAUGUAAUUGUUAUCAUCGUCUUACCUUCCUAUAGCUGUUAUAAAAUCCAGACUUACUGCACAUCUGUACGUGGAGGUUAAGCAAUCUUCAUUAUCUUGUAUCAACAACCGCAGCUUUACAAGAGUUGAAAUCUAACAAAAGGAAGAAAAAAUAUUACCUUACAAGUAGAAACUAAUGAGAAAACGAAUGCACAUUUUAUACUGACCAUACAGCUAAAAAUGUAAUUGCCCUGCCAUUAUUAUGGAGGUGCGGGGUUGAAAUGGUUAGAACACUAGUUUCUCGCCAAGUAAUAUGUACAUGCAAAUCGUAGUUUUACGUUGCAAAAAAUCCAGAAGUCGGUUUUAUUAUCAUUACUAUCAUCAUUAUUAUUUUACUUGGGCUGCUGAAUCCGAAUAUGGAGUUAUCCAACAAAAUUUCCUGGUGCCUUUUGAGAUAUUCGCAAAACACAGUGAAAUUUUCGCACGUUUUUUGGUUUUUUUGUUCAUAAUUUAUACUGUAUAUAUGGUAGCAAAAAAUGCACUCACACCAUUUUUUAAGUAUACCACAUUUUACACAAUAUGAAUUCAACUGCGGCUCUGUACGUGUUAUGGUUCCCAUGAUACAGCACUUAAAAAUGGUAAUUUUUUUGAAGAAAAAAAAAGUGUAAUUUUAAGUUUUGGGUCAAAUUUUAGAGUCAAAUAUUAGGAAACAUAGUGAUCCUACGAGGAAAAUUGUUAGAAGUAAAGUUGUAGCAACUCUAGUCAACUUCAAUUUAAGCAAAGAACGACUCAUGUUGACUAAAAAAAGUGUGAAAAUAUGGAUGUUUUUUGUGAAUAACUCAAAACUCAUGAGGAAAUUUUGUUGGAUAACUCCAGUUUCGGAUUCAGCACCCAAAAAAAAACAUUGGAAACGAUAAUAAAAAAAAGAUUACUGUAUUUUUGCAAUGAGAGGUUGUUUGUUGACACCAUUUUUCUGGGUUAAAGACGACCCGGGUUGGAAUCCUGGAGGGUACGAACACUGGAUUUUUCACAAAAAAUGGAAAACAUGACAAACGUUGCUGCGGUUUGUUGGUUUUUUUCGGGGUACUGUCGUUUCCCCAACAAAUUCAUUCCAUCAUUGCUCUAUACAUCAUCUCAUCUCACAUCACUCAUUCUUCGGGUUGGCCAAAUGACAGGUCUGUCCCUCAGGGUAACUGGCUUCUGUGAGUGUAAGACCCAUUUCAUCCAUGCAGACCCUACCUUAGGUGGGAAACUACAUUACUGCAUGUAUAAGAGAUGCACAGAGCAAUGGAUUUUACCCAACAGAAAAAAUACAAUCUAAUAUUUACUCGAGACAGAAAAUUAUGAGUAAUUUUUAAUUAUUGGCUGGUCAGCAUUUUUGAACAGUGAGUUGAGAACAUCUGUGAAAGACGAACUUCAAUGAGUCUCAAUUGAAAAAAUUGCAUGAAUUUUUCUUGACCAUUUUCAAGUUUUUGUAAUCACAAAGUCUGUCACUAAUUCUAAAUUGCUCUCUUGGCUAAAUAAUUAGUUUAUUUCUAGGCUUAUAUUGAAAUGCUUAUUAAAAUAAACGUAUUGUUUAAACCAUUUAUCUCGAAGUGAUCAAAAAGUUUGAAUCAAGCACAUGAACAAAACAAAAAUACAUAGAAAACAUGAACAUUUUUGUAGUUAUGAGUCAAAUCCCAAUUUUCUCAAAUCAAAAUCACAAAUUCAAAUCACAAAGAGUACUUCGAAUCCACCCCUCUCUCUAAUCACGAUCUAGGUCACAAUGGUCAAAAUUAAAAUGAGGUAAAAGAAAUAAAAGAUAUUAACUGUGGUAUUAAAAACAUUCAGCAGCUUAUGUUUGUCUCAAAAAUCAAGUUUUCAGAAUCAGUUCAUACAUACUAAAUGUGUCCGCCAGCUUGGUCUAGAGGCUAGCGUGUCUGGCCGGUGAGCCAAGCGACCCAGGUUCUAUUCCCAGCCGGGGAAGGAAUUUUCUAAACUGUCUCCCUGGAUUCAGGACUGGGUGUUUGCUAUAUCCCUUUCACCUCCAUCCUACGGAAAGCAAUGGCAACCAUCGUGGAAUAAUCCUGCCCUUGGCAACCAUUGAUACGUCACAGCUGUCAUCACCGUGACAUUUCCAGUGCUCACGACACCCAGUAAUUGGUAAAAUGACUCAUCAUUAUUCUAGGAGUACAAAAUAUAUUGGGGGACAGUAAUAAGAGUGCUGUAUUUUUAAUCCUCUGUUGCACUAUAAAAAAAUACAAACUUACAUUACGAAAAUUUCAGCAGGGUUUUACUUAUUUUUCUAAUCAUGAGGCGCAGUGUGCUGCACUAUUCACAUUUCUUGCGACAUGUCUUAAUUCGGGAGCCAGUGUGCUACGCGAUUAGUUUAUCAGUCUUACAAUGGCAUCAUGAGGGACAGAGAGGUCUAGGCGUAGGCCCUGCAUCUCUGGUCACUGGCGGAUAACUUCUUCAAAGCAGGUAUCGAGACGCUUGUGUUACAAUAUGACAAAUGCCUCAACCGUUUUGGUUAUGUAGAAAAAUAAGUAAGACCCUGCUGAACUUUUAGUAAUAAAAUAAUUAUCUUAUGUAUAUUGGUCUUUUUUUAUAGUCCAUCGAAGGACGGAAAAAAAAAAACAGCACUCGUAUAACUUCAGAAUUGUCAGUGUUGAAUUUUGGAACUACAGUAGAGUCUCGCUAAUCCGGACUUGUCUGGACCUCAAGGUCAGUAGCUCAGCAGACGAUGUGUCGCUUUGCUUCUCAAAGUAACUCAGCAACCCCUCCAGCAUUGUAGUCGCUUCGUCAUGAGUUGGGCUAGCUGAUUUCUCCGUACCUCCAUCAUCAUCUUCCUAACUAUUUCAGUUGCCAUGUUUGCAAUGCAUGCCUCACGAUUUGAUGCCCAAUACCGCUGUCACUGUUAAUCCAUUCUGAUAUGUCAGUCUCCUCUAUGUUGGCACAACCCUCCAACUGUUGAAAAACAUGUACAAAAUCAAAGAUAGUUGAAGUUGGUUGAGUUUCGUCUUGUCCAUAUUUUUCCUGUGAAAUGCUUGGCCACAAAUUUUUCCAGCUUUUUUGAAGAGUUGACGACUUAAUUUCUUCCCAAGCUUCCGCAGCCAAGUAAAUGACAGUUUUCAUUGUUACUUUUUUAAUAUGAUGCAUUAAGUUAGCUGAUGGGUCUGCUUAUUGUUGCUCUAAAAGAGACAUGAUCAAAUUUUUCCUAUAUCACCAUUUUAUUGCUUCAAUCUCACCUUGAUCCAUAUGUUGUAUCAAAGAAGUCACGUUUGGUGGCAGAAAUUUUACAAAAGUUUCACCAUCUCGCAAUUCUUCUUCACUCGGGUAGCAUGAUGCAUUAUCAAUUAACAACACACAUUUAUUGUUUUAGGAAUAAAUGUUUCAAAAAACAAAGCUUUAACAAUUUUUCCCUCCAUCCAUGCCGAUUUUUGCUAAGUGUACUGGGCUGGAAGAGCAUUUCUAUUAGGAUUUUUAAGGGUCCUAGUCUUAGCCGAUUUGCCUAUAACCAAAAGUGGAAAUUUAAAGUUGCCAGAAGCAUUACUACAAGGAAGCAAAGUUACUCUUUCUAUUUUUACCUUAUGACUAGGGGCAGUGAAAAAUGGUGAAUGCGAAAUCGCGAAAUUUUUGUAAAACCCCUUUCAAUUAUCUGUACUGUAUCAAAAAGUGAACUUAACCUAUCCACAGCACACCUAUACACAUUUCGUUUUCGCGAAAUCUUAUUACCACCGCGAAAUAUACCGUCAAGGCGCGAAAUUGGCUACUUGGUAACGAAAUUGCGAAAUGCCUAUCUAAUUUAAUUCGAAAAUACGUUAAAAUUAUUAGCAAUGCACGAAAUAACUUCCGUACAUCGAUACGAUCAUACGAAACUCGACGUAGCGGACUGUACACAAAUGGGAACAGCUUUCCAGACAAAAGAAUAACAAAAAUCACGGAGGAAUGGUAUUGGUUGGAACAGAACUUUUUACGGGCGUGUAUACCAAACAGAACAGCCCGCGAGUUGUUACCUUUGUGCUUUGUUGUCCCUGUUCACGGGAUGUAAAAAAUUAGACGUGUUUGCCAACUGGUUGUUGUGCUACCGCAGAAUAUUAAAAAAAUCGUAACAUAACCUAAUAUAACGUAACACAACCUAAACAUAAAUUAUCUUGACUUUAACUCCCAAAAAAACGCUUCGUUGUCAGUAAAAAUUGUGCAUAAACAUGCCAAAGGUUUUAAGUGUAUUUGAAAGGGCACGGGAGUAUGAAAGUGAAGGGUUUUAUGUGUUUGACAAACAUAAAAAAGUUAUGAUGUGCAAGUACUGCAAUGUAACAGUUGACUGGAAAAGGAAGGAUAGCUGCGAAAAACAUUGUAAACAAAGGUCUUCGCACAAAGUCAACAAAGAUAAUGGUGGCAACGGAGUGAAAAGACAGAUAACAAUUAUUGAAAAUGUGUCUUUGAACAAAAAACUCAAGGCCGAAAAAACUAAAUUGGCGAAAGACACAGUGCGGGCUUUCGUGCAAGCAAACAUCCUGCUUGAAAAACUGGACCAUCCAGGACUGCGAUCUUGGAUGAAUGAAUACAUUCCAGGGUCCGGUGACCUUCCACAUUCAUCUACCUUACGAAGCACUUACCUUGAAAGUUUAAAAGUUGAAGAGGAGGAGAAAAUAAAAGAACUGGUGAAAGGGCAAGACAUUGUUUUAUUGUGUGACGAAACAACCAACAAGAAAGGACAGUGUGUGUUUGUCGUUCUAUUUAAGAUUAUGUCUGCAAGCAGUGAACAAAAAUUGCUUGUAGCUGGGACGAAAGUUUUGAUGAAUGCAAAUUCGACAGAAUGCUCACGAGCAAUUGUUGAUAUAUUGGUGAAAUUUGAUGUAAAAUAUGAUAACGUAAUUUCUUUCACUUGCGACUCGGCGAAGUACAUGACAAAAUGUGCUGACCUUUUGCGCGUUUUGGUAAGUGACAAACUGCUACAUAUUCAGUGCUGGGCACACAAGCUCUGCCUGGUUGGCAAUAUUUGGGUGGCACAGCUUUCCGAACUGAAUGAGUGUGUAAUGAAAACCAAAAUGUUUUUCUUGAAUUCAAGGAAAAGGAAACACCACUAUUUGCAGUUUCUGACGGUAUCGUCCAUUCACCCCAAAUUGUUCCCAUCUCCUGUUUUAACACGCUGGAAUUCGUGGUUCCGUGCUGUGGAGUACAUUGACACAUACUUACCCCAUCUUUUAGAAUACUUCAAGACAGAAGAUGCAGAAACUAGUGGAAGUUCAACAGAAUAUUACAUGCAGAUGUCUAUGGACAAAGUUGCUGUUUUGCAAUGUGAAGCAAGAUUUGUAGUUGAGCACUGUAAAUCAACUGUAGAAUUGCUUGAGAUUUUAGAGGGUUCGUCAUAUCCUUUUGCUCACAGGUUGCUAGGAAAACUUUAUGAUUUGAAAACCAGUUUCAAAUUGGCCAGUGAUAAUACUUUUCAUCCUGAAACAACACAGAUGCUGAACUCACAACUUUGCUUGAAAUCUGCUGUUAGGGCUACUCUUGUUUCAACAGGACAAAAGUCUCUAUUGAAGCUAUCAUCGUUGAUUGCCAGUGAUCCUGCCAAGGAUUUUGUAGAGUGUAUGGGUGCUUUGUUUGAUCCCAGAGAAAUUGCUUGUAAGGGGCUAGAGGUUGACGCUGUUGAGUUGCAGAACAAGGUUGAAAAAGUUCCUUUCCUAUCCCAGGUGCCUUUUCGACUUGUUCUAGAAGGCUACACUCAGACUAAACAGGCAGUCUUAAAAUCAAUUUCUAAGAACGUCGAUAUUCUUACCAUCCUGCUGUCUUUAAAAUCAGAUUUCCCAGAGUAUGCAACCAAUGCUGUGAAGUGCCUGUGGAUCCCUGUUUCCAAUGUUGACAGUGAGAGGGCUUUUUCCAUGUACAGCAACAUCAUGUCCGACAAGCGAACAUCUUUGCGGGCUGAUAACAUUGAAGUUAUGUUGGGAAUGUGUUUUGGAGCUAGCCAUUGAAGUCAAGGAUUUUAAGUUUUUGUGUACUUGCGUUACUACCACAAUUCAGUAUUUUCACAUGUUCUCUAUUUCAUUCUUGUCAGAAACAAUGUAAACAGAUUAAGAAGUCCAUGUUAAGUUACUUAGUUUAUUACUCUAAAAGUACUUUUGCAAAUUAUUCAAAAACAUUGUAGCAGAUUGCUUCAAAAAAAAUCAAGAGGAUCCACAGUCACACUAUGCACGCCACAAACCUGGGUUACAAGUUUUGCAAAUUUUAUAACACAAUUUUUUAGAUUGACUUUGGCUUAUUUUAUGCCUACUGAAAAUUGUAUUACAUUUGGUCAAAAAUAUUAAGAAAUUGUUUGAAAUGAUAUGAAACAAUUUUUUGGUAGGUGUACAGACACAUCUUUGUUUAAACUGUGUUUCGAUUUUUCCAUACAAAUGGAAUUAUUAUAAUUUUUCAAAAGAAGCUGAAAAACACUGCAACAUGGGCAACAUGGCCUUAAAACUGUGUACAAAAUUUGAGGAAACAGUAUGUGGGAAACCACAAAGCAGAGAUAGGACUAGAAGACUAUAUUCAUUAUAUUCUUUAUAAAUUGUAUUAUAAAUCUUAAAUGUGUAUUAUUAUGAAUGUCUUGUGUAAAAAAUUGUUAUAAUUGAAUCUCAUCGCUUAUGAAAUGAAUAAAAAUGAUUCUAAAUA